AUGCAGUCCGAUCCCGCGAUCCCAAGCGGAGACCGCGACGAGAAACAGUCCGAGUCCGGCCCGGCCCCCGGUCAGAUCCUGACUGGCAAGCAGGAGCACUACCUCAAGCGCGAACUUAUCGCCCUACAGGUGCGGAGUGAAAUCACCGAACUCAACUCCCCCACCGCAUUGCAACGAUUCGGUGCCCCAUUUCGAUCGGAACUCGGCGAGGUCGCACCCAUUGACUCCGAACUGCCUAUCCUUCGCUACAUCUUCGUUAACCAUGUUCGCAACUUCCCCUUUCUCGACCAGGCCAAGGAGAAGGAGUUCUGGCAGGAUAAGCUACAAGUGUUCCUGGAAUCAUUUGCCAAUAAACAUGUCUCAUCCUCGGAAGACCGUUUGGAGGAGACAAAGCGCCGGAAACUUGCGCGCAAGUGCGAGAAGCUCGUUGAGCUGAUGAUGGUAUCCGGUGUACCGACUGCGUCCGGAUAUGAGGAGCGUAUUCAGUUCUCUGAGAUGGAGGUGGUCGAGCGUGGGGCCAAUGACAAUGGGUUACUGGUGAACAUGCCUGAAGGUCAUGCGAUCAAUGGAUGGGACGUGAAUGUGGCUGCGGUCCGAGUGACAUCUGUCAAGCGGACCGUUCGGUACCACCAGCAUGCAGAAUUCAUUCUUCGAAAGAUAUGGCGAAUUCGUCAAGCUGCACCGAAGAUUGCGCACCGAAUUCCCCGGCAAACAUCUCCCUCCUCUCCCCGCAAGAAUAAGACCUCGACAAGUUCCAGCUGGUUCGGCAGUAAUGGAGAAGACGACGCUUCUUCCGUAUCAUCCCUCUCCACGCAGGACGCCAGCGUCGCCGACGAGGCCCCCGCAAGUUCAUUCUCAGGCCGAACAUUGGCCCCCGGCGGUCAUCGGCGAUCAAUCUCGCGAGGAUCGACGCGAUCUACUAAAUCUCCACGGGGUUCAUCAACAGACGUAUCACGGGAGACCGUCUUGUAUCGUGAGGAGCAGCGUGUCUCCUUACGUGCAUUCAUUCGCACCCUGUUGCAGAAUAAGCGCAUUGCCGAGUCCAAAUCCAUGGAGGAGUUCUUGACUGCCAAGCCAGUCUCGCUGAAUGAGGAGGAACUGCUGGAUGUGGACAGACGCAAGGCAAUGGAUGCAGUCAGAAUCGAGGAAGGAAGGAGAUUCUACGAGAUUGCGCGGCAGCGCGCUGCAGAGCUAGAUGUGUAUAUGGAGAAAUUCCGCCGGGAUAUUGUUGAGAGCAAUGGUUUGACAAAGCUUUUCUCCGAAAUUCGCGAAAAGUCAUGCAUUGCAGAGCUCAGCCCACAAUACCAGAAAUUCGCCGAAUGGCUUCGAAUUGAGGUUGCCGCAACCGUCUAUCAUCUGUUCCUCGCGGAGGAUAAUUCCCCAGAACUCUUUGCACAGGCCAAGCGGAUCCACGGUCUUGUUCCAUACACUCUCAUGAAGAAUGUUAUUCGCAUCGCCAAUCCCGCUGCGGUCAUGUCUGGCGUUUUGGACCUCUUCUGCGCUCAGCCCUUUGGCUCAAGGUCAUUACUGCAACGAAUCUUCUCCCUGACUCUCAACGACAGCAUCAAGGAUUUCCAAAAGUCGAUAACCUCGCUGACAGGCAAGGUCGACGAUACCGUUCUCGCAGAGAAGCUGAAGAACUUUGUGGAUGCGGACGAGAGCAUCAAGAACGAGAUUCGAGAGGAGGCCGAAUCAGAGGAUGCUGAUAUCAUCGUUGCUAUUCUCCGCUCCGAACUGAUCUCUCCAGAGCUCAACGCUGAGCAAAUCGGCAAGGUCUUCAACGGGUGGGUCGCCUGGAACAAUGCUGUAGACAAUGUCGACGUGGAAAUGCAGCAAGGAGCCCAAUGGUUCGCCGAUAUGAAGCAGCUUCUCAAGUUGUACACUCGCCAACGCGACAAGGCGAUGAUGAUGAGCAUCGUCGAGGAACCAACCACGCUUCAACUGUUCCGCGAUCUCUUCACCAUCUUCUACGAGCCGCUGGUCCGGGUAUACAAAUCCGCCAACGUGUACAGCAGUAUCACCGAUUUCGCCCUAUUUGCUAACGAUGCCAUCGCCGUUAUCGAGAGUGCCCAACGCCAGGAUGCUUCGGCGGAUCCUAACCAGACCGUCCAGGCCUUUAUCGACCUGUGUGCUCGCCACGAGGACAACUUCUACAAGUUCAUCCACGAGGUUCACAUCCACGACAACGGUCUGUUCCAGUCACUUAUGGGUUGGAUCGAGGAGAUCCUGGAAUUCCUGCGCAAGGGCCCGAAGGCUGGCGAGGGCGGCCGCCUCGACAUGAACGCUCUGUUCCAAGGCGCUGUUGGCGUUGGCCAGAUCGACAGAGACAUUGCGCUUGUGGAAAUCAACGCGCUCAUCAAGUGGCAAGAAGACCGCAAGAGGUGGCAUUUGAACAAGACGCGCCAAAAGAUGGCUGCUGAGGGAACUGGCAGUGAAUCAAUUCCGGGGAGUGCCAGGAUCAAGAGCAGCGACUUUGGUCUGGACGAGGCCGAUAUUGAAGAUCUCGCCAUCUCCGACGCAUCCGACUCUGAUGAAGAUGAAGCUGCUGACCAGGAGGAAUUGGACGACCCAAUUGCCGUCGAGCGUCGCCGUCGUUCUAAGAAACAAGAUCAGCUGCGCCGCACUGCUGGCGAACCCGUCAAGCCGGAGGUAACGGAGAUUCUCAAGUUGACCGAUCCGUUCGUCGUGAUGCUGCGCUAUGUGUUGGCAGAUUAA